UUUUAUCAUAACGUCAAAACUGACAAUUGACAGCUUGACAAAUUAGAAUAACAUUGGUUAGAAUACGAAAUCAAAAUUACAAUUUCAUAACUAAACUUAUUUUUUCCUUAAUAUUUGAUUCUCCGAAAUAAUUUUAUGUUUUUGGAGGCGUGCCUCUGUGGAUCCCCUUUGUAAACAACGCUAAAAGUGUGGUUAUGUCGGUUUAUGUCAAACAAUGGCCCGUUCUGAGACAAUCCCCGUUUUGACUUCAGAACUCGCAGUAGAAAUCCUCAACAAGACCUUAGAAGAACUACAAACGCCCCAAAAUGUGAAAAAACUCGAUGAAGCGAAAGACAAUGUGGGCAACGAGAUGUUAAAAAUGAUGCAGUUUUUGUUCCCCAUCGUGAUGCAAGUGCAAAUGGAUGUGAUAAAAGAGUUUGGGUUUCCGAAUGGUCGUGACGGCAUAAUCAAGUUCGCCCAAAUGUUGCGAAGUUUGGAGCGAGAAGACGCUGAAGUAGCGAGACUUAACGCCCUGAUCAAGACUUACUACUUGCCCCCUGUGGCUGUAAACACGAGUGAAUCCCCGGCCGAGGAAAGGACCAGCAGUAGUUGAUUUGAAUAAACAGCUUUGUACUAAAAAAAAUACGUUUUAUUGUGCAAGUCUAAAAGAAAAUUAUUUGGAUACAAAAUAUGUAAAAAUAUGUUCCCUAUUUUACUCCUGAGCAAUAUAAACUACUUUAAGUAUUAAACAAAGCCGAGAAACGA